AUGGAAUCCUUUGCUACCUAUAACUUUGCCAUUGCCGGUACUCUGUUCGUGCUUGUACAUCAAGCCACAGCCGCGACUUUGCUGGAAGAUGGGGAAGACUUCACUAACAAUCUGGUCUCAGACCUUGCACCGCUCCUGACUCUUUUCGGCGAGCGUGUUACAACUCAAUUUAUGAGCCAGUCGACUGGCUGGGCUGAUUCAAUUGCUUUAGCUAUGGCUCCUAUUGGUGUCAUCACGAUUAUUAUAAGCGCAAUUCGUGUAGCUGGGCCUCGGAUGCUUAAGGCUGUGAUCGGGCGAGCUCGAGAGAAUGUUGCCACUGCCGAAUUGGAAGUCAUGUCUUCUACAUCGUCUGAGGCUUGUGAACUAUGGAAUAGUAAGACUCAGGUUGUUGUAAGAUGCCCUGGAAACACUGAUAAUUGCGAGUUGAUAUGCAUUUACCCAACAUCGAUGAUAAGAGAACGAAACAAUCGGGCGACACUGAACGUACGCAUUUUAGACAUUGAUCAUGCUACCGGUCGUGGCAAGAAGGAUCACGAGUCUACAUUGGGCCAGCAACAUCCUGUCUAUCUGGAAAAUCGGUCCUCGGCGCGAUAUCCGAGUGAAGCCAUGGCCCCGGAGAUCCCCCCCAAUACAAUCAUAAUCACGAGAAACAAGUACCACAAUGCGCCAAAUAUGACUCUGAAUUGUACCUCUGAUGGAGAAUCGUGGCAAGUCGUGGCAUGUGCAGUAUUUGGCUGUGUUCUUCAAGCGGGUGUCUUGCUAUUCUUUGGGUUUCUUACCGAGUAUCGGACUCUCCAAUUCGAUAAAGACGGGACCUCAGUCGCGGGAUAUUCUAUGCCAUUUGCGGUGGCUGGUACGAUUACCCUCAAUAUAGGCAUUAUUAUCUGUGCUCGGGCUGUUGAUGAAAGUAGCGAUGAAGAGGUUUACGAGGUUCGUCGCAAAAAGGACGCUGCUUUGGCAAUGGUCUGGUUACAGAAACAAAAGAGUGUCAGCGAACAGCACUUUGAUCCAGCAGCAAUCUACCCUUCUAUGAGGCGCCAUAGAGCCAUCGUUUCCAAAAGAGUCAUUGGUAAUGAUGGAAAAAGCCUGGAGCCACAACCGCUAACGAACAGCGAUCGGUUGAAAGGAAUUUCGACUGUUGGGACUAUUGUCAGCGUUUUGGGCUACAUAAUCCAAUUCAUUGGCUUGAGGGGAAUGCAUUGGCUUGCAACCAUGGCUCAGCUGGCAGCUGUUAUUGUGAUGACAAUCUUCAGAGCUAUUAUCCGCCGCCAUCUCGCUUCAGGUUUAAAUUACCGAGAGCUGGACCAUUCUAUGGGGUUCGAAUUAGAAUGGUUUAUCUCAUCACUUCUCGAUGCCAACGGUAUCAAUUGGAUCCCUGGCGAUACCACCAAAGACUCCAAUGAGGAGCAAAUGGAGCAGAAUCGUGGUAACAAUGGUGAAAGUCAGGAGGAGAGCCCACACUUCACAUGGCUCGUAAGGACAGGCGACGUAACGCUUUGCAGAAAGCUCAUGUCUCGUGGCGAAGAAAGGUCAGGCCUGCAAAUUUUCAAAGAUGUUUUCGACUUAUCCAUACCUCAAAGCGUCUUAGAUCUAAGGCGCCAUCUUGGUGACCUGAGUAGGUGGCAAGGCCCGGCUUCGGAUGAGGCUUUGGCGCUGGCAAAGGCCAUCGAAAAAGUAAUCGAAUUCUUUCUGCCCAUUAUCAGACAGGCCGACACAGGCAGCUCUUGGUGUGAAAUCGCAGGUGAUUGCGAAAGGGACACUGGGGGUGACGCCACCAUUGAGGUGAAAGAAGCCAAGACGCUUGAGUGGAUUAUGGCGGUUGAUUACUGCCAAGGAAGCCAACCCGCUACAAACAACGAAGUCUGUGCGUCCAGAAACGUCAAAAUUACGUUUACAAAGACUCCGGAAGGUGCUUGGAGGGUGCCAAUCGACGAAAUAGAUGCUGCUCUUUCACUUUGGCUGUACUCCGUGAAGGAGAAGCGAAGGGAAGACCGACAGGACAAGAAUCAGGAGUUUCCAUCUCGUAAUGAUGACUGGAUACGCGGCCAGUCUAUUCGGCAGAGAUGCUUGCAGAUUCUGGGACCGUCGACACCUGUCCUUCUUCGAGAUCUCAGAUGGUGGAUGCCGAACGGGCUUGACGGAGUGCUAGAAGCUCAAGAACAUCGAGAUCCGAACGUUACGAAUGGAAAUCUACUGAGGGUCAGAGAGGAAAGGAUUGGGCGGAGUGGUGAAAGAUGGCAGGUCUCGACUACAACUGACUCAAAAUCAACUAGCGACCCAUCAAGGGUGUUGCCAAGCCAAGCCCACGAUUCAGACUCACCGAAUGAUGGCCUUACUCGAUGGACAUGGAAGUCAGCGGCAGAUAUCCAUCAGGAAAGAGGCGAUGAGACCGCAGCUCAAUUGGGGUCAAAGUUAGUGGUGGAGACCCAGGACCCCUUGGACAAGCUCUACGCAAAGGAUAUGUUUUCUUCUUUCUUAUGGUCCAUGAGCAUAGCCGAGUUAGGACUUUGGACGGAACGCGAUGUAUGGCUAAGCCUUAUUCCCCCUCUGUGUGCCACAGAUAACCUCCCUGGCCUUGAGACAGUGAUCCAGAUGGCACAGGAUAAAGCGGCCAAACUUGAAAGGGUAUUUCUCCUGGACAAAGCAGGAUCUUCAUAUCGAUGGCUUUUCGAUAUAGGGAUGCAAUCGCUGCCAACGAGUCAUGUUCGCCUGAAGUCUACGGCCAUCCUAUGGCGAUUCCAGAAGAGAUUGUUAGAAUACGAGUGUCCAGAUACUGGAGCAAUCUAUCAUACCAAGGGACGUGGCUCGCAAAACGAACUUACCAAAACGAGUCAAAGGCUCAAGCAAGAAAGAGAGAGGGAAGAGAGUGAAAGUGGAACUGAUACGCAGGACACGUUCAGAAAAUUCUUCGACAUUCAUCAAAGGCUACGGGGUCUUGAGGAGGAGCUCAUAGAUAAACGCACGUCUGUGAAAUAUCGGGUGGUCGAAAUCUUUGAGAAGGUCUUCAAAGACCGCAUGGUUUACGAAUCUUGGAAAAGCUCAGAAGACAUUUUCGGCAGAACAAAGCUGCACCACGCGAUGCAAAGCGGCUUCAUCGAUUUCGUUCGAGUAGUUGGUUUAUCGGGGACAACCACCUGGAACCCUUUGGUGGAAAGAGAGACACCGUAUUCCGACCUAGAAUAUUACGUCACCUGGUGCAAGAAACCCCAGAAAGAGGUUUUGCGCUUCACACGCCACCCGAUUUAUCUACCAGGUGAUAUUUAUUCUGCUAUCAUCUGCCCUUUCCAGACGCUCCAAUCCGUUCUGGAGAAUGGAGAAGACCCCAAUGCCCAAGACAUGGACUAUUGUACUCCUUUACAUUACGCUUGUACAACAGUUUUACAAGGUCCAGAAUCUCAAAUUGGGGAUUCUUACUAUGGGGAGAGAGACAAGUUGAGAAUCAAGGCACUACUUCUGAACAAGGUUGAUCUUAAUGCCCAAAGCCUUACUGGAAACACGCCUUUGCAUUGUGCAGUCCUUUCCUGCCGCUUAGACCUGGUAAGCUUUCUACUUGAGCAAGGAAGCGAUGCGCAGAUAGCCAAUUCUCAAGGCCAGACGAUUCUUCACUUAGCGGCAAAGAAACACGACGUUGAUAUGAUCGAGGAAUUAAUUGGGAUUGAAGGUCUCAUGAAGGCGCAAGACCAUGUUGGCUGGACACCACUCCAUGUCGCUGCAACACACAAUAGGCCACAAAUCAUUGCAACGUUCCUCAAACACAACAGCAAUAGUGAGGCCCAAGAUCAUGCCGGCCAUACACCGCUCCACUUGGCCAUCGUAUCGAAGAAGAAGGAUGCCAUCGAGGCUUUAAUUGAUAAGAAAGCAUCGACAAAAUGGGAAGGGACAAGAAUAGAAACCGUUCUAAAGCUGGCUGAUGAUAGCGGCCUACUGGAUUUCUUUGAAGAUCUUUUUCAUACCAAUGUCAUCUCUUUCUUGAUCUUCAAAGCCGCCCGCAACACCGAUGGACAAAAUAACAUUAGUCGCGUCAUGGAGGAUAUCGGUCGUCAUUCUUGGCCCCCAAUCAACAACGACAAAGAAGACCCUAUCACCGUUGCUGCCGACCACGGAAACUCCGAAGUGAUUGAAAAAAUGAUUGAAAAAAUGGUCCAGUGGGACUUCGAUCCCGAGAAGAUUCUUACAGCAAAUGAUUGGGGCAGCGCUUUAAGGAAAGCUAUUUGGCGUGGACACCUGGGUGUUGUGACCACUAUCGUGACGAAUUUAGGAAGUUCAUUACCAGAAGUGCUCCAGAAGCUUUCAGAUGCUACAGGACAAAACCUUGAACCUAUCCAUUUCCUGGCUAUUUGCAUCAAUGCCAAACAACUAGACAUUCUUGAGUUUUUUAUAUGCCGCGGUGCGAAUAUUAGAACCAAGGACUUCAGGGGCCAAAAUCUGCUUCACAGAGCAGCAGCGACAGAUCCUAGUAUGAAAUUAUGCGAAGGAGUUAUAGAGAGAAUUGCAAGGACGGAAUGGUCUUCACAUAUUGAACCAAUGCGGCAGGAAUUAGACAAAGAAGGUAAGACAUAUAUAGAUGUGGGGAGAUACUCUCGAGCUAUACUUCGUAGAGCAUCUAAGGCUCCGCCAUUCUAG